AUGUCUCGUAGUUGCUCACAGUGUGGAAACAACGGCCACAACUCUCGAACGUGUCCAACGGAAAUAUCCUCCGGCGGAGGAGGAAAAGGAAUCAUGCUAUUCGGCGUCCGAGUCACGGAAGCUUCUUCGUCUUCUUUCAGAAAAAGCGUCAGUAUGAACAAUCUAUCUCAAUUCGAUCACACCGUUCAUGACUCAAACACCGUGGAAGACGGUGCUGGCUACGUCUCAGACGACGUCGUUCACGCUUCCUCCGGUAGAAACCGCGAACGCAAACGAGGGACUCCAUGGACGGAGGAUGAGCAUAGAUUGUUCCUAACAGGAUUGCAUAAAGUUGGCAAAGGAGAUUGGAGAGGAAUCUCUAGAAACUUCGUGAAAACUCGAACACCGACUCAAGUCGCUAGUCAUGCUCAGAAGUAUUUCCUCCGCCGUACCAAUCAGAAUCGCCGUCGACGUAGAUCUAGCCUCUUCGACAUCACUCCCGAUUCGCAGUUUAUAGGAUCUCUAACAGAAGAAAACCAAUCGCAAUUGGAAGGGAUUAUGGAACAAGGAUCGGAGAAGCCAUCUUUAUCUUUUCCGAUGAAGGGGAAAUUAGUCCGUCCGAUUCCGAUUUCUCCGGCGAGGAAAAUGGCUGAUCUGAAUCUCAAUCAGAGAACUCCGGCGACGUCACCGGAGAUGUUUCCGUUGUCGAUGAAUUUAUCGUCAUCUUCUUCGUCCAAUGAACAGAAGACACGUGGCUCACGUGCAUCGGUGUUCGAGACGAUGUCGAAUAAUGGGGAUAGCAUAAUGGGAGUGGCUUGA